AGAACCACUAUAUCCAUUUAUGCGUGAACGAAAUUCUAGAAAAACCCGAAUGUAUUUCAGUUAAACUUAAGAUUAUUUCCGCAGCUCUGUUCAGUUAAUUAGUGUGUUACUAAUCAAGUGUACAUGAAUUUUGACAUCUUUGCAAUGGCUUCAAAUAGACGUUGGCCCACCAACAUUAAUAACUGGAGUUAUUCUGAAAUCACGAGGAGAUGUGAAAAAUUCGCAAUAUGUAACACGUUUCAAGCUCUCUUACAGUAAUGAUACACGGCUGUGGUACUUUUACAAGGAUGCAGCCCCUCUAGAUCCUAGGAUAUUUGAUGGAAAUAAUGAGCAAAUCACUGAACGUAUUCAUUAUUUGGCUACUCCAUUUAUUGCACGUUAUGUACGUAUACAUCCAGUAAUAUGGAGAAGCCGUAUUGCAAUGCGUGUUGGUCUAUUAGGAUGUAAACAGAAAGGUUCUUGUACUGCCGGUUUCUUUAGAAUUAACAAUGAAAGUUCUUGUGUCCCUAAUCUUGCUUACAAGAAAAAUGCUUGGUUAACACCAGAAUCUUCAAAUCAUCGUAAAAGAAAUCUUCAAGAUUCUGAUAAGGCAUCACGAUCAUAUGGUUUCACCAGUGAAGCAAGAAAUUUGAUUGAUCCUGAAAAUCCUUCACAUUUUCAGUAUACUGAAAAUCAACGUCCACCAAUGUUGGCUCAUCAUAGGAUAAGAGAUAACACCGCUAACUCAAAUGCAUUCAAAUUUAGUAACAUACCUCUAUGGUCAUCAGUUAAUGGUAUGACCAAUGAACAAUUCAUGGGUGACAGCAGUGAUAGAAUGGCAUUGUUAGCUGUUGAUGGUUGGACAGGUGAAGAAAUACUUUUAAAAAAUUCAACCUUAUCAACGAGGUCAUCAGAACGUUUAAUGAAUGAUGCUCCAGAUAAUAAACAACUUACGAAUGAUAGUUUAAAUAAAAGAAGUAUACAGAAUGUUCUACACACAACCUCAAUGACACAAAAGUCGGCCCAUCCAUGCACUAUACUUGAAUAUCGUUGGCCCUUUGUUGAAUUACCUUCAUGGUAUGUAGACCUUAGGGAGCAUAUUGAAGUAAAAGGAGUUGUUAUUUAUACAGCAGGUCAUGGUAGAGUAGCGAUAUAUUUUCAAUAUAUGUUACCAGUCAACACCAAAUAACAUUUCUUUUGUUCCUACUGUCCUCCUGUGAUUCUUAUCCUAUGAAUUAUGAUUAAUUACUUUAAUAUUUUUUUCUAUUCUAAAGCUUACAGAAACUCAUACAUGUGUUCGUUUGCGUUCAUGAUUCUAUGAUUCUUUUGUAACCAAACUACAAUGUACAGUGAAUUUAUUAUUUUUUCCGUUUAGAAAGAUAUAUUUAACUACAAAGCAAUAACUAACUGAUGUAAAACGUAUGUAUUUUUGUCGUAAAAUCUGAAAUGUGAGUUAUUAAGGACAAUCGUUCCACCAAAUAUCUCUUGUUCAAUGCAUUCCAAGGUUUCGAUAAAGAUGUAGAUUGACAUUCUCAUGAUUUCCCGAUAUCAUAAAUUACAAAUGUACAGUUUGCUCUCGAAAUCAAAUGAUUUUUCCUAUAGUUUAUGACUGUACUACAACAAUGCAUUUACACACAAGUAAUGUAAUCUAUUUGACUCAAGAACAGAUCAAUAAACAAAUAACCCAUGUGACUCAGUAUAUCAGCCUCAAGAUAAAUAAUAUCUUCUUAUAACAAGCUAAUUAACUAUCCCACUAACUUACCAAAAUAACAUAAGCUAUAUUUAAACUUGAUCAAGUAAUCAAGCAAAGUAAAGUCAUAAAAAACUGGGUGCUCAGUUUACAUCCAGUUGUUCAUUUUUGAUUGGGAUAUAUACACAUCUACAUUUUAUUUCUUCUCAGAUGUACCAAGUCAAAUUUAUUCAUGCUUUUGAAUUUUUUUAAAUUAUCAUCUCCAUUUCAUUUCGUAUCAUCUUGAAUAUUAUUAUUGAGCCAUGAAUACCAUAAACAAAAGCUUUAGGGUUUCUUUUGUGAGGUAGUUUUCAUCAGCAUUUGACUCCAGAAACUUUAGGUCGUAUUUAUAGGAUAGUAAUUUUAGAUCAAUAAGCUAGUUCACCAACUUAUGCCAGUGUGCACAAAAACAUUGACCUCAUAACUGAUAAAAUCUGUAAGAAAACAGAUUUACAAAUAUCAUUUUCGUGAAAUCAUUUUUAGUCAUUUCGUAUUUAGAAGUCCUACUAUAAAAAAUAUUCUUGUAUAUUUUUUAGAUGGAAGAUAUCUUCUGUCUUCUUUAUUUGGCAGUGAUGACAAAACAAAAUUCAAUUCAGAAAAUUUAGAAAGAUUAUCUAUCUAUGUCGAGUCAGAGCCACGUCACCAUGAUACUAAAGCAUUAUCUAGAUCAAGUUCUAGUCUAUGUGGUUUUGUUACUAGAAUUAAUGAUGCUAUAUUCAGUCCACGUUUACACAUACCUUGCAGACAACCGUUAAUCGGUCGUUAUGUUUAUGUUGAAGCUCGUGGAGUUCGUGGAAGGUGGUCACAAGAGUUUGCAGCUUUGUUAUGUGAAGUUAUGGUGUAUUAAAACAAAGCUGUUUUUGUUAAAGUGUUAUGAAAGUACAAAUAAUACAUUUAUAAUUAUCAUAAUAAUUAUCAUUCAUACCUCGUUAUAAUCAUUAGCGAAUAGAAUCAAUCAUUCUUUUAACAGUGUAAAGGUGAAAGAAAUUAUCACAGUUAAAAUGAAUCUUACAUGAAGUUUUUCUGUCCAUUAAACGUUAUUUACUAUUAUUUUUGUCUCAUGACACUGUUUCUUUAUAUCAAUUUUUUACGUAGGAAAUACUUGUUCAUCAUCAAAAUAUAUAUUCACUAAAUAUAUUUACACAUAUAACAAUGAAAUCAUUGCAUAUUGCUUAAUUAUACAUAAUAUGGUUAAAAUGGUUCUCUAGACGAACACCUUAUUUAUAUAGAAAAUUGUUUAAUCUAAAAUAGCUUUAUUUGUCUAACGCACAUUAACUUCAUUCUUUUCAAACUAUGUAAUCAUCCUACGAACUGGAAAACAGAUCAUUUUAACAAGUAUACCUUAAUGAAUCCAUUUUGUUGCUUAUACUCCAAUAUACAAAUAUAUUAAUAAACUUUACAUUUAAUAAUGAAAAUUGUUUCACAAAUAAAUCCUUUUAAAACAAAACUCUGAUAACAAAAUUGUUUAGAAUAGGGUCUCGCUGUUGUAUUGUUUUAUUAUCUACCCAGAAGAUGAUUAGAAGAUCAAAAAGUGAUUGAUUUGCAGUAUUCUUAAAAUGUACUUCAUUUCGUUAUCAUUUCAUCAGAUCAUUUGUCCCUGUCGCCUCAACAAAUAUAUGGACCUAGUCUGAUAAAGGGCUUAUCUCGGCACAUGAAUACUGCUGAAGCUGAAGCUGGAAAAAGAACUAUAUUUGAAGAACUGACUUGGAAACAGUGGAAAUCAUACGUAUUUAAAUGAAGAUAUAUGAAUAAAUUGUAAGACAACCAUAGAAAAAAUUGUUCCAGAAUAGGAUCACCAACUUAUGCUUUCAAAUACCAUAAACAGAAGAGGGAUUUUGCCUUCAUUUAUAAAUUAAUGCAAACCCUUUAACGUUUUAACAGAAACUUUGCAUCCAACUUCAAUGAUGAUGAACCUCGCAAAUACUUCAAGUUUGUAGGGCCAGUAAAAUGUCACGACCUUAGCCAAACCAUUGGGCAUUUAGAUCACUGAAUAUCAAGCAGUCUAUCGGUCCUUGUCGUUGUCAGGGACAGCCAACGAGCAUCAAUCAGUUCCAAGCUCCUGACUGACCCAUGAGGAAUCGGUCUCACUGUGUUUAUUUCACGUACUCAC